AUGGGCUGCGUGGUCCGUGGGCGUUUCGAGGCGCGCCGCCUGCUCCCGCUGGCGCUGCUCGUCGCGGGCUGCGGCGCGGACCUGACGAAGAUCACCGCCUGCACCUGGGAACAGACCGGCACCCAGGAGUGCGACGACCAAUGCCUCGACAUGGGGACCGGGAGCGGCUCCCGGGAGGUCUGCCGCGAGAACUUGUACGAGAACGACGGCGUGCCGGGCUGCGGCGGCACGACCAUGUACUACAACUCGAAGGAGGACUCGUGCUACGUGUGCGACGGCGACGGCACGAGCGGCACGCUUUUCACGCGGCACAAGAUCGACUACUGCUCCGAGAUCACCGCGUGCGCCGACGGCUGGCAGCCGAGCGCGGACGGCCGGGACUGCGACCCGAGCCCGACGCCCGCGCCGACGGCCGCGCCCGUGCCGGCGCCGACGUUCGCUCCGACGGCGACGCCGCGGCCGACGCAC